ACACGGCUCAUCGGUCGGUGUCAUCAAUGACGUCUCACCUGUAGCUCAGUCAGUGGUUUAAUACUCCUCCACCGACUUGUAACGCAGCGAAGUAUGAGGAGUGUGCGUAAUGUUUAACGUCGUUCACCAGGGUAGGAAAUACGUGCCCACGCGCUCUUCGGUCACGGAUGACUUUCCAUUAAAUGUGCGGACUGUUCAUAUCAAUCAAUACCCCGGUACGCAGAGCGAGGCACCGAAGGCUACUUGGCCGCCGCCGGGCGCUAAGAUGCGGAUCUCUAAGGCCAACAAGGGCGCGGUGGUUGUGAGAGCUGUCCGGCGGCACCAGUCGCCUCAACCGGCCGGUCUGGAGGCGGCUUGGAGUGAGAAGCCAUCGGAGAGUUCACCCAGCCGUGAGGGGAGAAACGGCGAGCCAGGAGCCGGCAGGAACGGGAUGGAGGGUCACGGUGGAGGGCCAGCUCGCGGCAGGAAAAAGGGGUUCAGAGCCCCCGAUGUGAGGACCAUCUUCUCCCCCGGAGAGAGGGACCCCAGGGUGAAAGAGGAGUCCGGGGAGGGACACAGCUUCGAGCCCAGUGGCAAUGCCACCUGGUGUGAUGUUUGUUGCUACUACAUCUUCCAGCAUGGUCUCACCUGUACAGGUUGUAAGUACGCGUGUCACACUGCCUGUCGGGACCGAGUGUCGCUGGACUGUCAUCCUGCAGCUUCAGCCGUCAGUCAGGACCAGCUCAACAACAACAACACACCGCCACAUGAUGUGCAGAAGGAGAGAGAAUUGCGGACAGAGUUCAGCAGGGAGGAAAUCAGGCAGAAGAUCGAGCAGUACAACAUGCUGACCAAAGACCACCUUAAAAUGACGCUUAAUCCUACUGGUGUGUAUACUGGUUUCAUCAAGGUCCAGAUGGAUCUGAGGAGGCCGGUGACGGUGCGGGGAGGUCAGAGAGGAGCGGGAGGAGUACGGGGGGAGGAGGCCUUCUAUCUGCCCAGAGGAGUCACCAACACCCUCCACAUCAGCUCCAAUAACACAGUCAGACAGGUGAUCGUCGCCUUGCUGAGCAAGUUCACAGUCGCAGACAACCCGGCCAAAUACGCCUUGUACAAACGCUAUCGCAGGGAGGAGCAGGUGUAUGUGUGUAAGCUGGCGGAUGGCGAGCAGCCGUUGUUUCUUCGUCUGGUGGCAGGACCCGAAGACGACACACUCAGCUUCGUACUAAGAGAACAACAGACUGGAGAAGUCAUGUGGGAUGCGUUCUCCAUCCCUGAGCUGCGGAACUUCCUGCGGAUCCUCGACAAGGAGGAGGAUGAGCAGAAGGAGGCGGUGAUUCGCCGCUACCAGGCCUACCGCCAGAGACUGCUGGAGGCACAGAGGGAGGUCAGAGGGUCCUCUUAGAGGAUGACCCUCCAUAAAACAAGACUACUGCCCCCUAGAGGAUGGAGGAUUUUUUUUUUUUUUUUCUCAGAGAAGAAAAAUUGUGUAAAUUUUGAUGGAGAGAGGGAUGUGAACGUAAAAUGAGAAUUGAGGAUCCAACGGCUGGAAGAAGUGAUGAUACAGACCGAAAGAGGGAUGAUAUAAAGAAGACAGAAAAUAAACUGACAGACGGCAAGCAAAGGAUGAAUGGACAAAAUCCGGAUGCUGGAGUUUGAUCCAGCCUGGAUUAAAGAAUUCAAACCGCUGCCUGCUCACACCAAAGAUUCACUUAAUUGUGCCAUAUUCAUUCAUCCUCUCUCCCUCUCUCCGUCCAUCCCUCUCUUCUUUUUUCUCUCACUCUGUCCUGCUGUCACAUAAUUUAUCGGAUUCCUCUACCUUUCCCCUCUUUAUCCUUUUUAAACUUGUGAAAGACUCAAGGCCAUAUGUUGAGUCAGAGUUUUAUUUAAUUUUGUUUGUUUUAAAGGUCUGUACAUAUUUUUAUUUUUAUUUAUAUGGGUGAAGCUUUUUAUUGUUUUGUUAUCUUGAAACAAAAAAAAGUCUUAUUUUAGUUUUUUGUACAGAGGCGGAGCACCAAUCUGGUUGCUGACACAGACACGGAGAAUAGUUAAUCCAGACUGCUACUACAUGUAAAUACACGACGCGAGCAUCAGCUGUGGCUACAUGACAGGAAUACCAGAUAGUUUAGAGAAGACCCUGGAGGUAAAGAAGUCUUCAUCAUCUUUGCGUUUUGCUUUAAUUACCCUGAAAGUUGAGAAAUAUUUCUGACGUAAGAAAGGAACAAGUAGCCUGAAUGCAUGUAUGGAGUCUCAAGUGUGCCAAAUUGUGUUUUAAUUAUAUAUAUUUUGUUAUUGUUUAUGUGCUUUUAAUAUAACAUAAAUAUGGCAAAAUAAACAAUAAAAUAACAAGGUCAUAAUUUAGCAAGUCCAUUAUAAACAAAGAAUCAAAUAGGGUUAUUAUUUGGCUUUUUGUUAUGAAGGAACUUUUCCUUAUAAUUUUUCAGGAUGUUUGUAUGCCAUCGUCCAUUACAUAUCUUAGCAAAUAAGAACCAAAAUGUGACAUAUCUCUUGACUGCUAUAUCAAUCAUCGUCCUGCUUUUAUCAUCUUUCACGUAUACAAUAUAGAAACUAAAAUAAAAAAUAGAUAGGUUUACUUCCAUUUUAUUUUUUAUACAUAAUUAUUUUGCAAUUUUAAAUAUUCAAUUAACAAUUGCUAUAUUUAAUAAUUUUUAUUAUUAUUGGCACAUUUCAGACUCCAUAGUAGUUGGCGUGAAACUGAAUGUUGUAGAAGGAGGUACGGAGAAAUAAAAAAGAGGUUAGGUUUCAUGUGACUGAAAACAGACGGACACAAACUCUACACAUAAUUGAAGAGGAAAGGUUUCUACGGAAAAAUGAUAGCGUCAAAUAGAAGCUUGUGAGCACAGGGAGGAAUUUAGUUUUGGUUGUAAAGAUUGUUUGUUCUGGUGAGUGAAGACGAGUGACAAUGAUGAAGAUUAACUGGUUGGAUUUUUGAAGCCUUUGGUUGCGUUUUCACACCACCAGCAUAGUUUGGAUGGACCCCUGACCUUUGUAUGGUCAGAGGAGGGAGGAGUGAGAUUGACUGUUUCUGGAAGUUGACCGAGUAGUUUAGAGGAAGUAGACGAGAAAACAAUAGAUGGAGCAAGGAAGGAAAAAAUACAGAAGACAUGGGAAAGACUGCUGUAAAAGCAGUGUGACCAUAACCUUGUUGGAGAGUGACCGGAUUAUCCUAGAACAAGUCACCGUGAUUAACUGCUUGUUCGCUUUUUGCAUUAAUGAAAGCUCCUGUAAUCCACAGCUGAGAGAAAAGGAGGCCUGUAAGUGCUGAUAGCUGCAGAAAACAGGAGGAUAGAAAAACUGGCUGCAUUGUGUCUCCUGUCCAUCUGUCUGCAGGCAUUCAUUUAAAAACGCCUGUGUUUUUGUGCUCUUAUCUCAAGUUGAAACGUGCAGCCUUGACUUCCUUGUCAACCUGCUGUUUCAGCUUUUUUUUUCUGGUGGAUAAAAGGAGAAAAUAUUAAAGAGGGAAACAAGGAAGGAAAGAAAGAAAGGAUGGUAGUAUAAAGGAUAUGAAUGAAAGAUAUACAUCAGCAAGUGCAAAAGAAGGUAUAACAUUUUAGGCGUUUUUGUGCAGUAAGGGUUCAUGAAAGUAAAUAGCUGCCUUAAAUAUAUAUAUGCUAUGUCGUCUUAAAUAUAUGCAGUGUAUCAUUUAUGGCUUAGAGACCAAAGAGGCUUUUUUUUUUUGCUUUUUGAAUCAGCAGUAAUUCAGAUAUUUGAGAAAACAACAGACAAACAAGUAGAGAUAAAUCACAAAGACAAUCAUUUGGACAAACUAUAGAUCAGAUUAAAAUAUAUCAUUACUCAUUAAAAAAAGAUGUAAAAUGCUUCAUUGUUUGAGCUGCAGGUACUGAAUGAAGUACAAUGCCACCAACUAGUGGACAAAUACUGCUACUACUCUCAUUUCUGUGUCAAACUAUCUUAUAGAUUUAUUUUUUUUGUUAUAACCAAAGGUAUUUUUGUGGUGUUGCCUGGAGCAAAAAAUAUUAGAGCCCUCUUCCUACUGAAGGGAAAAAACAUAUAUAGUUUAGAGUUUUAUUUAAAGGGUUUUAACCUUCGUUUAUGCUACUAUCAAACACUGGGUUAAUGCUAUGGAAGCAAAUAAAAAAAAAAAAAGGUCCAAAAAAUUUGAAUCUUACAAGCAGCUGAAUGCCUAAUGUGGUUUUAAUUCCCCUCUUUGACAUUCCCAGCAAGUCAUUUCAAGUUGUGCUGUACUGUAAAAACUAAAUUUUAGGGUUCACAAAUUCAGAUAGAAAAUGUAAGUGUAUAAAAAAACUAUUAAAAAAAACAAAACAAAAAAACACAAUAUUCAGUUUGAUCAAAUUUAAUUAGUCAUUUUCCGGAUUUAAAAAUGAAAGUCAAGUCAUAAAAUCAAGUCGCUUAAACUGGUCUAUAUCAGACACCAAAAUUUAAACUAAAAACAUUUGGGCGACCAAGAAUUGAACUUGAAUUUAACAACUGGAUAUUUCAAACAACUCACAUGAAUUAGCCGUUCAGUCGCUCUAAAGCUCAAACUAUUUUGGCCUUCUUUUUUUUUGCUUCCCUAUAAUAUAAUUAAAAAUGAUACAAAAGUCUGCAUGAAAACAGUCAAUUAAUCUUAAAGCCAUGUUGUUGUUUGUGUGUCUGAUAAACAACGUCGGCUGUUAAAACACAUCAAAGACUGGUCGUAUCAGUACAUUUCGGGCACUUUAACUUUGAAUUCAGGGAAGACGGGUUUUUUGAUUUUUCUUUUUUCUCCUGUUUAAACUACCGCCAUGACAUUCUGACUUAAUCUUAACACCAUAUACACUAUAAUCUAUUUUGAAAGAUCUUGUUAAGCUCCACUCAUUGUUUUAUUUUUUAUUUUUUUUUAAACAAAUGGAAGUACAGUGUGACAGAAGUUAGUUAUUUUAAACUCUUUUGUUUUUUGUCUCAAUGAGCUUCCGUAUACUUUGAGUUUAGCUGUAGACUGUGAAACGUUUUGUUGAAUCGCGCAUGUGUUCCUGUUUUGUCUCUCUUUACAUACAUGCUUACUGUACACACUACUGGGCAUGCUCCACAUUAAAGCAUGCGUUGUCGUAGAUAAAACGGGGUCAGGCGGCAUUUGGAAAUACAUUUUUGGAGUGACAAUGAUUGAAAACAUAAUGUUUUUCAAAUGCUGUCGGAUCUGCUCGGAAUAUAAAUUAGGCUUUAUUAUGAAAAGCUUUUGGGCCAGUAGUGUUAAUGAAUGAAGAGUUGAUAUAUGACACCUGGUAUGUAUUCAGAUAUCUUGUUUUAAGGCUGUUCAAUCGUGACAAAAUAUUCACAUGGUUUAUCGUAUCUAGUUUCUCCAACAAUUGUCAUGUUACACCACGUAAUGCUGAUUGUUUAAUUGCUGAUGAGAUGUGGUUGAAAGUUUUGGGAAAACAAGUUUAGUAGUUUGCUUCCUAGAGUUUCUUUUAUACAUUCAGUUUUGACUGGAGCUUCAACAAUUAGUCGAGUCGAUCAUAAGACAGAUAUUCUGAGACUAUUUUGAUCGUUUAUCAAGUAAAAAUAUAUGCCAAACCUGCUUCUGUUCCAGCUUCUCAAAUGUGAGGACUCGCUUCUUUCUUUUGUUUUAUAUGUUGACAAACUGAAUAUCGUUGUCCGCACAAAACAACCAGUUUUUAAUAUGUUGUCGUUGGCUCUGGGGAGUAAUUAUUGGCAUUUUCUGCUGUUUUCUUACGUUUGAGAGUGCCCCAAAAUGUUUAAUUAAAGAUAUUUAAUAAGAUUAUCUUUUUUAACAAAACUAUUUUUGUGCAUCCCAAAAUAUUUAGAUGUUGUCAGUGAAUAUAAAGUGGACAUAUCAGCAUUAAGUGGUGUAAAAGGACAAUUGGAAUUAUACUCGAUACAAGAAUAUUUAUUUACUUUGUUGUGGUUUUAUAAAUCGCACAUUUAGAUGGCAGCUGUUCUGGAGCUUUUGAUCAUUUUACAUGAUCUUCAUCACCAAAUGGAACUUUAGAAAAUCUAGUUUACAUUUUUUCUGAGCACUUGAACUGUAAGUUCUUUUCAUCCAAAGCUGAGGUUCAAAGUUUAUUCAUAUUCUUGGAAACUUAUGUCGUGAUCAUUUCAUAUGAUUGAAAGCUCCAGAACGGCCACUACUAAAUGGGCCUUGUGGGGAGUUUUCUCAGCAGCUCCUAAAUUAUAUAUCUGACCUAUCAGCUUAAAGUUCCGAGCAGUUUCUAGGCUCUUAAGAUCUUCUGUUUUGUGCGAUAUGUGUUUAGUUUGAACAUCCAGAGACUGUAAUGUCAAAUGCCAAAGAUCUGUGUAUAGCUCUUCUGCCAUUUAUUGAUAUUUUUUCCAAUUAUGCUGUUUUUUGUUGAUUAUAUAGAGAACAGAUCAGGUGUAUCUCACAUGAUGAGAUCCUCGUAAGCAUCCGAGCUCAGAAACACAAAGUUCUCUGUUUGUUUUACACACAAAAAAAGGUCACAGGUUUUAAUUUCAGACCUGAGCUGCAUAAUCCAAAAUGAUUGUCGUGUUUAGAAUCAAAAGAGAGGAUGAAAAGAAGAUGCUUCAUAAUGACACAUUAUCCUUUUUUCUGUCAAUCUGUCUACUCACAAUUCAAGUCAAUGGAAGCUAUAUAUUUUAGUGCAAGAUUUAGUUGAAGUUUGGCCUUUGAGCUCAGGUCUGAAAGCUCUGACCGCCGCAGUGCCUUUUUUAAAGUUUGAAAGAAAAACAAAGCUGUAGGAGGAACAGAGGGUUUCAUCACAUCUUGCUUUUUGUUGCAGUUCUCUCUGCAGGCGAAAGCAGUUAACUUGAGGCAGGUUUAUUUUUGUCGGUAUCUUGUGGUUUCUCUUUAAAUCGUUACCAAAUGUGGCCUUUCCUCAACACAAGGCAGGCUGCAGCUAUUAAAGGUGAAAUUAAAACAAAA